AUGGAAGAUAGGGAGGAGCUGAAGGCGCAGAGGCUUCAGUUGGAGAGAGAGAGGGAAGAGUUGAAGCUUCUCGAACGCACACUAAAAGAGAGAGAAGAAUCGAUUAAGAGGGAGAGAGAAGUAGUACUUAAUGAGGUUGAACUAAUGCUGAAACUGAAAGAAGCUUUGAGGUUAGAGAAGGAGGAGUUGAAUGAGAUGGAGGUUUUGAAGAAGGAGAGGGAAAUGCUGUUGAGGGAGAAGGAAGAAUUGAAGAAGGAGAGGGAAGAGUUGGAGGAGGGUAAAGUGGAGUUGAAGAAGCAGAUGGAGGCAUUUCGUAUAGAGAAGAUUCGGUUUUGGAAGGAGGACUGUGAGAAUCAGAAGAAAGAGUCUGAGGAGGACGAGGACGCGUUGGGCGUUGAUAUACGUGAGAAAUCACUGCAAUCCAUUCCAGUAUAUACGAGGAGACCUAAGAGGGUGCUGAAGCCGUCUGUCUACAAGUGUUCUCCAUUCAUUUCUAUCUCUGCCGUGCAAACCACUCCAAGCAACGCCGCCAACGAUGAGAAACAGAGAGAAUUUCCGACUUCUCCGAUACCCCUCCAGGCCAUGAUCGAUCCACUUAGGGUAAUAUCGCAGGACGAACUCCAUGAAUUGGAAAGCUGGGCCAACGCAAACAAAGAAUCACCUGAAUUUCGAUGGUUCAAGACCAUUUGGGAGAAGAAUGCUUGGGUUGACAGCGUGGCUAUUGACAAGUACGUCGAUUUCUUGGAGAGAAGACACCGAUCAUUUCCUCUAUUAUAUACAAAGGACUGCAAGUUCUGUCCCACAUAUUUCCUGCCAUGUAUCGGCAUGCAAAUGUCGACAUUGCGAAUAUAUCGGGAUGUUGGCAGUGACGAUUCACGUUUAUUAUUUAAAGGGCUAGAAAAACUCUCUCCGAUCAGCAUUGUCAAGCCGCAUGAGGGGCAGAAGGCCAUGUGGCAACAUGAAGAGGCAUAUGUACCAGUCAAUCACGCCAACAGUCAUUGGUACCUGAUGGUCAUCCACCCUCGAGACCGAGAAAUCAUUAUACUUGACAGUUUAUACUCGAGGGCACUUAAUCGAUACAGGCAACAUAUUGAUCUGAUAAAGGAGGCCUUGCCUAUAUUAUUUUACGCCACUGGAGAUAGGGCUACGCUGGAAGGAAAUGCUUGGACGGUCAGAGAAGAUACAUCUAUACCAAAGCAGACGAACGGAUAUGACUGUGGCAUUUUUGUCAUGAAAUAUAUCGACAUUUUGUGUAGCAACCACAUUUUGACAGGGAGAGACUUGCGGCCAUUCACUUCCAGCUUUAGGGAGUCAAUAGCCUAUGAUUGCCUUAGUGAGUUGAAAAUAUGA